GUGGGAGCAAAGUGCUCGAAUAUAAUAGUGAAGGGUGGGUAUAUGUCAAUUUAUUAGCUUUGCCUUUUCGUUUAGGGUUUGAAUCGUUCGAUAAACACAAAGAAGAAAAGGACUGAAAUCACACAUUUCGCAGCUGCCAAUGGCGAAGGCUCUGCCUUAACUUUCUCCCUCCCAGGUGGCCGAGCACAGGGUCUCUGCAUAGAGCCACGGCCUUCCUGUUCGCAGUGGUUUUAGGUGUUGCCUAUAUUGCUGCUGAUGGCGAAGACGGCAAUAGGGUGCGAGCCGACAGUUGGUUCACUGGCACCGUCGAAGAAAAGAGAGUACAAGGUGACCAAUAGAAUCCAGGAGGGAAAGCGCCCUCUUUAUGCUGUUGCCUUCAAUUUCAUUGACGCCCGUUACUACAACGUCUUCGCAACUGUCGGCGGUAAUCGGGUGACAGUUUACCAAUGUCUUGAAGGAGGUGUCAUUGCUGCAUUGCAGUCUUAUGUUGAUGAAGAUAAGGAUGAGUCAUUCUACACCUUGAGUUGGGCAUGUAAUAUUGAUGGAACCCCAUUCUUAGUUGCUGGUGGAAUCAAUGGUAUAAUCCGUGUUAUUGAUGCUGGCAGUGAAAAGAUCUAUAAGAGUUUUGUUGGCCAUGGGGACUCUAUAAAUGAAAUCAGGACACAGGCAUUAAAGCCCUCACUUGUGGUUUCUGCAAGCAAGGAUGAGUCUGUGAGACUAUGGAAUGUACAUACAGGAAUAUGCAUCUUGAUUUUUGCUGGAGCUGGAGGUCAUCGCAAUGAAGUCUUGAGUGUGGACUUUCAUCCUUCAGACAUAUACCGCAUUGCAAGUUGUGGCAUGGAUAAUACUGUUAAGAUUUGGUCCAUGAAAGAGUUUUGGACGUAUGUAGAGAAAUCUUUUACAUGGACUGACCUUCCUUCAAAAUUCCCCACAAAAUAUGUGCAAUUCCCUGUGUUCAUAGCUUCAGUUCAUUCCAACUAUGUUGACUGUAAUAGGUGGCUUGGUGACUUUAUCUUAUCAAAGAGUGUUGAUAAUGAAAUUGUGUUGUGGGAGCCAAAAACCAAGGAACAGACACCUGGGGAGGGUGCAAUUGACAUCCUUCAAAAGUACCCUGUCCCGGAGUGUGAUAUUUGGUUCAUUAAAUUCUCCUGUGACUUUCAUUAUAAUGCAGCAGCAAUAGGAAAUAGGGAAGGCAAGAUUUUUGUUUGGGAACUGCAAUCCAGCCCACCAGUUCUUAUAGCAAGGCUGUCACAUGUGCAGUGUAAAUCUCCAAUUAGACAGACUGCCAUGUCAUUUGAUGGAAGCACUAUCCUUUGCUGCUGUGAAGAUGGGACAAUCUGGCGCUGGGAUGCAGUAGGAGCUUCCUAAGCUUGCAGUGUGUUGAAUCAGGAUUGCCAUGUUCUUACAUGAUAAAUAAUGAAAUAUAUACUGGUUCAAUUAUUCCUUUUAUAUUUAUAAAAGCUUGAAGUUUCUUAAGAUGGUCUUGUAACUGUAACGUAAAUUUUGCCGGAGGGCAAAUCCUGAUUUUCUGCAUCCUCCUUUAUUCUCUCAUUUAGAGUAAUGUUUUCAGUAUACAAUUUUCAUGGGUCAUUUGCUCC